UCCCGGAACGCGCACAAAAGGACACGCCUUCUUUAUUUUGAAAAUUGAAAUCCCCCUUUUCUUCUCCUCAAAUCUCUCCUCACUACACCAUCAUUUGCUCCUCAUCUUCCUCUUCAAAUCACCAUUUCAUGUAUCCCCCUAUCAUCUCUGUCUCCAUCUUUUGAGCUUGCAGAGCCGAUAGUGCCUCCCUGCCUGCCUUCUUCUUAGGGUUUCUCCUCCUCCUAUGCGUUCUUCAUUUUCAUGCUCACACACCCACCUGCUGCUCCAAUCCUAGGUACCGGAAGCAUUAUUUCACUGUGCGUUUCCAACUCCAGAUUGCAACUUUAUGAUUGGAAUGGUUCUUCUUUUCGUGUUGGACGGCGGUUGUCGUUUUCGGAAUGGAAUGUUCUAGAUCUGUUGCGAGUCUUCUUUGAAUCUCAGUGUGCCAUUUCCAUUUAGGUAACUCUUGGGCAUUGACAGAAGAGAUGGCACAGUUGCCAUAAAGGACAGGGUUGAUAAAUACCCUUGAAAUAAAUGUGAAGUUCAUAAUAAUGUCCUUAAUGUUAGCAUUGCAGUUUCUGGGAGGGACUGUCACUAUAUUAGCAAAUAAUAUCAAUGGCGACGGGAAUUCCUUAUUUUGAUGAUAUCAGAUGUAAACCUGAGGUCAUUGAUCCUCCACAAGAUGAAGACUCAACGGAUGUUGGUGAACUUUCCAGUGAGCCUAUGCAGAAUACUCUAAAACCUAAUGUAACUGUUUCUAGCAAUGUUCGUGAACUAUUGGAAUGUCCAGUGUGUCUAAAUGCCAUGUAUCCGCCAAUUCAUCAGUGUUGCAAUGGUCACACAUUGUGUUCUGGUUGCAAGCCCAGGGUACACAACCGCUGCCCAACUUGCAGGCAUGAGCUUGGUAAUAUUAGAUGUCUUGCUUUGGAGAAAGUCGCUGCAUCUCUUGAGCUCCCUUGUAAAUAUCAGGACUUUGGGUGCAUGGGGAUCUAUCCUUACUACAGCAAACUGAAGCAUGAGUCCCAAUGUGCUUUCAGACCUUAUAAUUGUCCUUAUGCAGGGUCAGAGUGCACAGUGAUCGGUGACAUUCCCUUUUUAGUGGCUCAUUUGAAAGAUGACCACAAGGUUGAUAUGCAUAGUGGAAGUACCUUCAACCAUCGCUAUGUUAAAUCAAAUCCACACGAAGUUGAGAAUGCUACAUGGAUGCUUACAGUUUUCAGUUGCUUUGGGCAGUAUUUUUGCUUGCAUUUUGAAGCAUUUCAGUUGGGGAUGGCACCAGUUUACAUAGCAUUCUUGCGGUUCAUGGGAGAUGAUAAUGAAGCUAAAAACUACAGCUACAGUCUUGAAGUUGGAGGGAAUGGGAGGAAGAUGAUUUGGCAAGGGGUGCCAAGAAGUAUAAGGGAUAGCCAUCGGAAAGUUCGUGACAGUUUUGAUGGCCUCAUCAUUCAACGCAACAUGGCCCUAUUUUUCUCGGGUGGGGAUCGAAAGGAGUUGAAACUAAGGGUCACUGGUAGAAUAUGGAAAGAACAAUGAAUGGAUUUUCUCUAGAUAAAUGUUUUCUACCUUAGGAGACAUUUUGUUCGGUUUAGCAGUCCAACCAUUUCUCUUGGUCAUGUAUUUUUUGAACAUAUGAAGCAAGAUCUCUUUGCUUGUCCAUGAAAUACACGAGUGAGAAUGCCUAGUUAUGCAA